AUGCUUAUGAAAAUAAUAGUAUUUCAUCUAGCCUUUCUAGGCACUGUAUUGACGGCGCCGGCGCCGGCGGCUGUUGCCGAUACGCCAGAAUCGAUCCCAGAGUUCAAAGACUUAUCGUUCGUGGAGAGUCUCAUUGACUUUGCAAGUCAAAGCCAACAAUUCGUCUGGGACCCAGCAAGCGAUAAAGGCCUGGAAGAAGGGAGCGACGGUAGUGACGACGAGGGCGAGCAAUUUGAAGAGGCGCUUGAUGCUGAGCCUAGCGUGGAAGAGCCAGAACAGGUCGAGCAGAGCAUGGAUGACGAGCAGAUGAACGACGAGCAGAACGUGGACGACGAGAUUACCGCCGAUAACAAUGAAAGUCUUAAUAACACCGUCCACAGCACGAACAUGAGGAUCGAGACAGGUCUCUUCUUCGAUGUCAGAAAAGGAGAUGAAGACUGCUCUGAUUCAGACUCAGAUUAUGACGAUGACUGUGACGACGACGAUGAACGAGGACUUCUCAAGAAGAUCCUUUUCUUCUUACCGUCUAGCGUACAGCAGCCCAAGGGUCCAAAGGCGAAUACUACCGAGCCCAAUGCUGCAAACACUGCCAUUCCCAUGACCACAUACACCAACCACACCACGGCCAAUCUCGUCACCAUCUCAGCCAAUGCACUUAUCAACACCACGGGCCAUUCCGCAGAAACCAACUCGUCACUUCUGCGUUCUUCGCCUCGCCAAUCAGUGCCGAGACUUGACGAUAUCUAUCGCUUGAUGGAAUCGCUGGCUCCAGCCACACCGAUCUGCUGGAUCGCCACAGCCCUCUUGAUACUAGUAUAA